AUGGCAGGUGGUACACAGUUGAAAAAGCUAAAAGAGUCGUUAAAAAAUGCCGGUCUGACCGGACAAUCAAACCUUGGAAAAAAAAACAAGGGAAAAAACAGAAAUGGAGCACAAGACAAGCUUCGCAAAGAUGAAAGACAGAAGGCCUUGAAUGAGAUCAGAGAGCAAUUCAAUCCAUUUGAUGUAAAAGUCACAAGAAAUAAGAGAGCAGAUGCAAUAGACAAGAAACUUACCGUUGGAAAACCUGGUAUAAACAAGCAAGCUGGAGAAGAAGCUAGACGUAGCGAGUAUGAAAGUAGGUUGGAGAGAAGAGGUAAAGUAGGUGGGAUUAUCGAUAGAAGAUUUGGAGAGGGUAAUUCAAAAUUGACACCUGAAGAAAAAAUGUUGGAAAGAUUUACCAAGGAAAGAUUAGCAAAGGCCAACAAGAGUUCAAUGUACAAUUUAGAGGAUGGUGACAAUAUUGAUGACGAAGACAAUCAAGAUUUUGGUGAGCUAACACAUCUAGGGCAGUCAUUGUCUGGCAAAACAACUACCACGGGUAUCAGUAUCGAUAACGAUGACUUUUUUUCGAGAAAAAGAAAUGGUGAUACAAGCAGCCAUGAAGAGGAAACAAAUGGAGAGCCAGUCAGAAAGAAAACAAAAGCGGAAGUUAUGAAAGAAGUUAUUGCAAAAUCCAAAAAAUACAAGCAUGAGAGACAGAGAGCACAUCUGGAAAACAUGGAGAAGGUUGAUGAAUUGGAUGAUGCUUUUGAUAAUGUUAUGGAUGAGAUAAGUGUAGUCAACAGAGGAAAGCAAGAUGAUGCCGGCAAGUCCAAAUUUGACAUUGACUAUGAGAUGAAAGUGACUGAAGCCAAACUUGACAAAAGAGCAAAACCAAGCGAUAGAACUAAAACUGAAGAUGAAAUUAAACAAGAAAUUGAGGAGAAGAAGGCAGAGAACGAGAAAAAGAGAUUACAGAGGAUGGAAGGUGAGGAAGAUGAUGAGGAUGAAAAUAGAGUCAGCGGUGCUGUCGCUGAUGAUCUCGGCGAUGAUUUUUGGGCUGAAAGUGGAGAUGAAGAAACAGGUUUUAGUGUGGGCUCUCCGGUUGAUACAGUGUCAAGUGAUGAAAAUACUGAUGUUGAGUCACAAAGUGAUGAUAAUGAGUCAAGAAAACCAAAAUCUAGCGAUUCGAAAGAGAAUAUAAUCAAAAUCGGAAACAAGACAAUAGUAGUAAAGCCUAAAAUUUUGAAAUCUAAGCUCACCUGUCCACAAAACCUGAAAGAUUUCAAGAGUCAAAUAAUAGAAGACGAUUUUGAAAACGUAGUGUCCACAAUUAAGAAAGUCUAUGAAAUCUAUCAGCCAAAACUUGCCGAAGGAAACAAAGAAAAAUUGGGAGUAUUUACCACUGUUCUAUUUGAAUAUCUUUUAGAGCUAUCGAAUAAGACUAUUGGAGCAGAGAAUCAUGAGUAUGUGAGACUAAUGGAUUUCUUAGCUCGCACAAUUUGCAAUUUGACUGAAAAAUAUCAGGAGUUAUUUCUCGAAGCUUUCAGAAAACACAUCACAGAUGCACAUGAGCGACUUUUAGUGCAAGAUAUAGCCAAGUUCCCAUUACAGAGCGAUGCAAUUCUACUUACGUUGGUAGGACGUACAUUCUCGACGUCUGAUAAGUUUCAUCUCGUGGUAAUACCAGCUCUUUUAGUUGCUGGAGAAGCUUUGGAAUUUAUGAGUCCAGAAAAUAACAAAACGCAAAUGUUUUUUGGACUUUACCUUUGCGAUCUGCUAUUGCAAUAUGAGAGAAUUUCCGAUAGAGUGAUUCCGGAAAUCAUUUCAUUUCUCCAACGUUUACUACUCGCUACAAUUCCAUGUCCUCAUGCUUUGGAAGAUUGGCAAAAAGUCCUCAUUUGCUCGGUUGCGCCUGUUCCAUCAGAUUACACUUGCACAUCACCUUGUGAUAUACCCUCCGAAACAGAAAAGCUUUCAAUCUCAAAGAUGUGGGCACUUUCAUUAUCCUCCGAAUCUGAAGAUGAAGACACGUUCAUCAAAUUGAUCAUUCUAAAAGUUGUCAGAACCUUAGAUUUGGUGAUAAGUAGAAUGAUUAAAAACACAAGUGCAGCACCAGAGUUGACGUCGUCUUUUAUUCCCCUAAUGAGGCAUUUGAUAAAGCAUACGUCUACCCCGAACACCACUAUCAUAAAUGUUGCAAACAAGUUAACGAAUAUUCAUAGAAUUUCCACACAAGAGCGGCGUCCACUUAAGUUACAGAAACACCGUGCCGUUGGUAUUGCACAAAUUACCCCAAGAUUCAACGAAAACUUUAAUCCUGACAGAAAGUCAAGUCGUUCUGUGAACAUGGAUCCACUGGACCCAGUUGCUGUUCGUGAAGAGAUCUCCAAAUUGAAGCACCAAGUCAAGGAAGAAAGGAAACAAGCUCUUAAGGAACUCAGAAGAGAUGCUAAGUUUGAAGCCAGAGCUCAAAUUGCCACGAAGAAGAAAGAAUAUGACGAUUACCACAGUAAAAUGGCCAAAAUUUACAAUUCUAUUCAAACAGAGGAAGGUACAGCUAAGAAUGAAUAUGAAAAGGAGAAGAAGGCACGUAAAAACAAAAAAUAA